AUGAAAAAUUUAAAAACUCUUGUUUCAAGAAACAAUCCUUCUCUGUUGAGAUUAAAACGCGAGUUAGGCUAUGAAGAUUAUAAAGGACACAAGUCAGACGAGAAAAAUGCCGUUAGUGCGCCAUUUCGACGGGCAUCGGAUAGUUAUUCCAUUGGAAAAAAUAUUGAAAAUAGAAACAACAGUGAAGCUUUGUCGCGAUUAAAACGAGAAUUAGGUUACGAAGAUUACAAAGGACACAAGUCUGAUGAGCGAAAUGCUGUCAGUGCGCCAUUUCGACGGUCAUCUAAUAAUUAUCUUACCAAAAAAAACAUUGAAAAUAGAAACAACAGUGAGGCUUUGUUGAGGUUAAAAAGAGAACUAGGUUACGAAGAUUACAAAGGACACAAGUCUGAUGAGCGCAAUGCUGUUAGUGCGCCAUUUCGACGGUCAUCUAAUGAUUAUUUUGCCAGAAAAAGCAUUGAAAAUAGAAACAACAGCGAAGCCUUAUCAAGACUAAAAAGAGAACUAGGUCAUAACGACUACAGGGGAUACUAUUCAGCGGAAAUGAACGCAGUCAGCGCGCCAUUCCGCCAUUCAGCACGCAGAAACAGUAACAGGAAUAUAAACAUAAACACCAACAAAAACGUGUUUAUAAAAACAGGGAAUUUUUUCCAAGCCGAGCGCGACAAGUUAAAGCUCGACAGGAUUGACAGCGGGCCGCUGAAAAUUACAUUAGAAAAGCUGCACGCAGCGGACAUAAUACGCGAUAAUGUGAUUUUUGUAAUGGGGUUCAUGCUGCAGCUGCCGCCCGGAACUUUAUCAAUCGAAGAGUACACGUCACUCGAGUUAAUCUGCAAUGCGAUAAAGCGCAAAAGUGUGUAUAUGUACGAAUCAGUGAAGCUAAUACACGAGGGCAACAACAAAUCGAUACUGGACCAACUUUUGAUGUUUUUCAAUACUAUCAAGAACCAGGUUGUCUUUUUUAUGAAGUCCUCGGUUGAAUUCUGGAUCGAUCUGCUCAAACACAAGCGGAACAGGGCCAUACAAAAUCACCUUGACCACAAUACGUUCAAUUUGAUCGCCGGAAUACCCAAACAGAUGAUUGAUUCGGUAGCGAACAAGGAGAACCACGAUAUAUCGAAGGAAUUGGUAGUGAAGAUGAUGAAAGAGCCGGGAAAUGAGUUGGCCAAGUACGAGAUUACUGGAGAAAUUAUGGGCCCUGUUUACGUCGAAUUGUUCUAUGGGUUGACCUCCAAAGUGAUACCAUUUACGCAAGAAUUAUUCGGGAAUAUUUUGCGCGAUUUGCCUAACGAAGACGCAGAUCCUAUUUUUGAUGAAUACAUCGCAUUUGUUUCCCGUGAAAUGUGGCAGAACACGAUCAGCAAAUGGCCGACUUACUUCACGAAAGUAGUCGCUUACGACCCUUACCGACUGGUGAUAAGCACAGUCGACAAAAUAGCCGCCGAUAAGGAUGUUCCCUAUAAACUGAAAAAAGCGCUACUGUACAUUCGCGAUCACUUGAUAACUGGCGGACGUGGAUUGAUAAAUCAUGAAAUAGAAAAUUCAUAUCGUAUUACAGAAAAUGGAUUGAACGUUAAUUUAUUAUUCGAAUCAACAAUAACUUGUGACUGCAGUAAUCGUAUUAUAGAUAUGAGAGAUAAAUUACAGAAAUAUUUGGGGUCUAAUUUGGACCAAGAUAUUUUUGUAGGUAUUAAUCGUUACAGAUAUAAUAAUCCUCAUGAUUUAAUGCUUGGAUUUUUGGCGCGUUUACAAAUGCGGUCAUCCACGGAAGUUGACAAAAAAAUAUCACGAAUAAUAUCAAUACUACUCUCUUAUUUGUUUUACCAACGCAAUGUUCACUAUUAUCACAAGUUCAAAUCUAAUAUAUCAUUUUGGAUGAUUGUUGACAUUAUUGAUAAUCCGAUUGCCAAUUCGACGAUAUCGCAAACAAUAGAAUCCAUUUUGACGGAUUUGAUGAAUGACCUUAAAACUUGGGACCGCGUUGAGCCAAUUGUUAUGCAGUCUGUCAUCAAUACCAACAAGACUCAUUUAGAGUGUAUCACUUUGGAGAUGCUGACAAAAUUGAAAGAAAUAGCCGAAGAGAAGCACUUGUUUGCUCACUUGCCAGCUAAAAUUGACAAGUUGAUCAACGAUGUUAGGAAUUCAUUCACGGAAUAUGAUUCGUUUGAAGAUGAAGAUAAGCUAGAAGGAAAAUUGGCGUCGGUGAAGCCAUCUAGACGGGCGUUGCAGACUUCUGAUGACGCCGAGAAAGAGCAAUUGGAAGAAGCAGAGGAAGAUCCUAAACCAACUAAAAGAGGAAAACUAAAGAAACUAAAAAAGCGUGUAGGCCCUAUGAUAAAGGAGCUAAAACAAAUGCUCAAGCCAGCUAAAAAAUUCUUCAAAAGAAAACUGAUCUCCAAAAUCGCAAAGUCCCGCGUUGAUUUGUCAAGUAGAUUGCCAGCUCGACGAUCAUUAGGUAGACUGGGAUUGUCAAUCGGUAGGUCAUUAACUGGAUUAGGACUCCGAAAUUCAAAAUGGAGAGUUCCAAUCAACCCGUUAAAUUCAAUGAUUUCAUCAGUUAACCAACCGUUUGCCACAAAAUUACCGGCUUUGCCGCCAAUCGCCUCGUUAUCAAAGAACAUAUCAACAUUGCCACCCGUAGUUCAGCCGAAUGAGUGUAUUGUAAUUACCACUAAUGUAGGAACGGUUAAAAUUUUGCCAACUGUGUUUACGCGAUCAAACGGAUUGACGGGAGAUCCUGAUACUCUGGUAUUCCCAUCAAUGGUUGACCUCGACGAGCAGCCUGGGCAAGACCUCCUGGAGCACGUUUCAGGACAGUGUGUCCAACAUCUUCGACAAAUGAUCAUCCAGCCUCUGAUCAAAGUUUUUGGCGAAAACUACGCUGAAGUUCUUUUGGGGAAAUUUUGGGCCAACAAGUACUCCACCAGGAUGGCUGCCUUGGUCGCCUUGAUGAGGACUGCUCAGCAGGUUGAACAGGUCGCGGAGGACACCAAGUUGAUGGAGAACAUCAGAAAUGUAUUGGCUUCUCUUGAAAUUAUAGCACCGUACUUGUUCCUGCCGCUGCUGAUUCGUUCGAAGAAUUUUAAUGGUAAGAUUGUUUGGUCGACUGUCAGCACCAAGGAUCUGUCGGUGAGCAUUCUUGGGCGAGAUAUGCCGGAUUAUGAGGAUGAGGGGACUAUCACUGUACCUUUGCUCAAUCCUGCGUUCUGGUUGCUUCCGGUUGAGCAGAAUUCGGACCCUUUUCAGAGCUUGCUGCCUCAUUUUGAACAAGAGAGCAGGUAUGCUGAAGAAUUGAAGCCGCUUUUGGAUGUUUUUGAAUUGGGGAAAGUGACGGCUUUGAUUGGGCAUGAUAUUGAUCUUUCGCGUUUUCCCAGCAGAGGCGCUUUGUUUGUUUGGACUUUGUUCCAGCUGAUGAGUGUCGAGGAAGUAAGGAUGCAACCUCCGCUUUUGAGAGCCAUCCAAAUGCACUGGAAGGCCAUUCAGCAGCCGGCUUUCAGUAUUAGGAUACCGCGAGAUGUCAUUCUAGGAGAAACUCAGGAGAAAUACAGCAACUGGGCUGUUGAUCUGGUUGGACUCAUGGGAGCUUUGCCCAGUCCAGCGGAUCCGCAGCAAGAGAAGCUGUGGACUGCAUUAAAGAAUUACUUGUCACGCAGCAAUUUGCUGGAGGAAUUAAGUAUUCCCUCGCCUCCUUUGCACGCUACUAAAGCUAGGUUUCUGGACAAAAUUAUUGAACGUUCAUUGAAGAUUCAUGAUAAUAGGCUGAAAGUAGACGCUCAGACUAGAGCGGCUUUGCUGUUUUAUAGGGAUAAAAUAAUGGUUGAUAGAGAGGGCGCGAGACAGGUCGGGUGGAUUUGGAGCCAAAAAUUUACUGGUGACAUGCUUACGGAACAUGAUGACAGUAAUUCGCAUUUUGGGGAAAUGAUGGAACAGUACUUGCCGUACUAUAAAAUGACUAGGGAGAAACAAAGGGCUUAUAAUGACCUGGUUGAACAUUUGUAUAUGAAGCCCCAUCUGCUGGACUUGAAGGAUGACUUUUUGGUGAAAAAUUAUCAGACGAAGGGGAGCUUUGUUCGUGGGGUCUUGGAAUACAUCGCGGUGAAUCCGGAAGUGAGCUCUGAGAUAAAGCGUGAUAUUUUGAUGCUUUUACCUGAAGUUUUGGUUGAUGGAAGAAAUGAUAAGCAUUCGUUUGAUAAAUAAUUGUUAAGUUAUUUAUUUUGGUUAAUAAAUUAUGUUUACAAUU